GGGUUGGGGCGGGGGGCGGGAGCCCGGCGAGCGCGCUGCUGGAGGUGGCCCGGCGGGAAGAGCCCUGGACGCGAUCUUGAAGAGAGAAUGGCCGCGUCCCUGAUUGCAACCUUUUCCAUAUUAGUUUCCUGUGUCUGCGGCAAUAUCUUCCACAGACACCAGACUUGGUUUGAUGGUGUCUUCUUGUCCUCGAUGUGUCCCAUCAACGUAAGCACGAACACCAUGUAUGGUAUCAUGUUUGAUGCAGGGAGCACUGGAACUCGAAUUCACGUUUACACCUUUGUGCAGAAGAUGCCAGACCAUCUUCCAACAUUGGAAGGGGAAAUCUUUGAGUCGGUGAAGCCAGGGCUUUCUGCCUUUGCAGAUCAACCGAAGCAGGGUGCUGAGACUGUUCGAAGACUCUUAGAAAUAGCCAAAGAAUCAGUCCCCCAGAGUCACUGGAAAAGGACCCCAGUGGUAUUAAAAGCUACUGCAGGACUUCGGCUCCUGCCUGAACACAAAGCCCAGGCUCUGCUCUCGGAAGUAAGGGAGAUCUUCAAAAAAUCACCUUUCCUGGUCCCAGAAGACAGUGUUAGCAUCAUGGAUGGAUCCUAUGAAGGAAUAUUAGCCUGGGUUACUGUGAAUUUUCUAACAGGUCAAUUGCAUGGUCAAAACCCGACGACCGUUGGGACUCUGGACUUGGGAGGGGCUUCCACCCAAAUUACAUUCCUGCCCCAAUUUAAGAAAACCCUGGAACAAACCCCCAGUGACUAUCUCACAUCCUUUGAGAUGUUCAACAGCACGUAUGAGCUCUACACACAUAGUUACUUAGGAUUUGGACUAAAAGCCGCUAGGCUCGCGACCCUGGGAGCCCUGGACACGGAAGCCGUUGACGGACAGACAUUCCGAAGUUCCUGUCUACCCAAGUGGUUGGAGGCAGAAUGGGAUUUUGGGGGAGUGAAAUAUCACUAUGGUGGAAGAAAGGAAGGGGAGACAGGGUUUGAGGCCUGCUAUUCUGAAGUGCUUCGGGUGGUUCGAGGAAAACUUCACCAGCCAGAUGAGAUCCGCAGAAGCUCCUUUUAUGCCUUUUCUUAUUAUUAUGAUAGAGCUGCUGACACAGACAUGAUUGAUUAUGAAAAGGGAGGCGUCUUAAAAGUGAAAGACUUUGAAAAAAAAGCCAGGGAAGUGUGUGAUAACUUAGAAAACUUUACCUCGGGCAGUCCAUUCCUGUGUAUGGAUCUCAGUUACAUAACAGCCUUAUUAAAGGAUGGCUUUGGGUUCAUGGACGGUACUAUCUUACAGCUCACAAAGAAAGUGAAUAACAUAGAGACUGGCUGGCCUGGGUGCUACCUUUCAUCUACUGCAGUCUCUAGACCUUUUCCACUGAGGCCCAAGUACUUCCUCCAGGGACUACAAAUGCCAAUCAGUGACCUUUCCAGAAUGAGGAGUGAUGACCCACUCACUGAAUGAGUCUAGAAUACCAUGGACCAAAGCUAAGCAACCAGCUCCAUAAGAAGCUAGAGAAAUUAGUAGAUGGGAUUUGACCUAGAUCCUUAUGAUUUCUGUUUAAUUAAUUAUACACAUUUAAUGUGAGCUGUCACCUGACCUUUCUGAAUGUUUGGAGCCAGUACCAGAGUCUUAAGCAUUUGAGCCUCUUUCUGUGUUGUGAAAAGCCGCAUCAGCCAAAAAGGGUAGAUCAGGAAUUUUACCCUUGGGUUGGGAUUCCAGGAACAAACUCUACAAGUCAACUCUGCAGCCCCAACAGUCUUCAGAGUCAACUUCUGGCCAACCGUGUGGGACCAAAGAAAACUGAAAGAAAAACCAACCUUUGGAAUUCUCAUCUUUUUGGAAAAGCUCCAGUUUUUCUGUACGUUAAAAUGAUUUAUUUGUAAUCCGAUAACACAUUCAAUAACAAUUGGGGUGUUUUUUGUUUAUUUUUGCCUGAGGGGGGUAGGUGUGGAACCUUAGGCCUUUUAAAAAAAAACAAACUUGUUACCAAUGAAUGGCUUCGUAUCUGAAAUCAUGUACAGUGCUGCCCAUUAUAACUCUGGUCAGUAACCUCCAUCCAACCAGAGCGCCUUGGGCUGGCCGUUUUAAAUCUUAGUGAGGAAAAUGGGGAGUUCCUGUGAUAAAAGUCUCAUGGGCAAUCUCAUGAUUUUCACCAAUAUGUGCAAAGUGCAAUAUUUAGGAACACAGAAAUUGUCUUCCUUCUGGCUGAGCCUAUCCACCUGAUUAUUCAUGGAUGUUGAUUGUUCAUUCCUAAGAAAAACUUGGCAGUACACCAAGUUCUUUUGUCUCAUCCCAUCUUUUAAGCUGGGGUACUUUCUAAUGGGUCUAUUUGGUCCAUCCAACCUAUAUUUUUUUUGCCAACGGCAGUCUUGAGGGGCAUGCUUUCAGACAUUAUUGUCUUCCUUAAAGUCCAUCUUAAAGACCAGGGAUGCUCCAGUUUCUCUUAGUAGGCAUUUAUGGCUCUUAUGAGGCACACGUUGGAGCAAAUCUUUUUAAAAACAUGCAUUUUCUGUUUGGGGUAGCUGAUGUCUCAUAGUCUCUACUGUCUCAGCUCUAAAAUUCCAUGAUUCUAUAUGUUUGUCACCUAAACUUAACUCGCAAAAGUUUUAAAAGACAGCACUCUAUCCUAGCAUUUCCACAUAUGGUGAACAAGCUUGUGUGCUCACCUCUCCACAGCAUUUCAUAUUUUUAUUGAUUUUAAUCAUGUCUUCUCUCAGUCUUUUCCCAGUCUUUUAGUCUUUCAUGUGCCAGUUAUUUUGGUCACCACUCUCUGGUUCUUCUACAGUUUUAUAAGAUCUUUGUUGAGGUGGCAGCCAGAACUGCCUAUAGCGUUACCAGGGUGGACGUCCUAUAGUUCUAAUGGAAGGAUAGGACAAAAAGUCUGUUGCUUU